ACAUGACUCGGAUAAAACCUUAGCUUGCACUAAAUGUAUGUUUCAGAUUCAAAGAAGAAUGCUUCACUUCAUAGCGUUUCUACAAUUUCUGCUCACUUGUUAUGGAGCAGAAGAAUUCUUCGUCUAUCCAACUCUACUGCAAAAGCGGGCUGCUACGUCGAACUUAGUCCUUCGUAUUAAUGAAAAGAUAAUCCUUCAUCUUGAACGGAGCUCCGUGCUGGCGGAUCAACUCCGUUUCGUUACGACCAGUGACCAAGGGAGCAAACUUGACAUGGUAGACACAUCGUCUAUCCAAGAGACACUGUACCACGACACACAUCAGCAAUCCUCUGUUAGAAUACGUGACCAAGACGGUUCCGUGCAAGUCGAGGGUGUGAUCAACAGCAAGCUGAGGAUAAAGCCAUUACCCGGAAACGAACGGUCGUCGCGAGGUCGGGUGCUGCAUAAGGUAUAUGAAGUACACGAGAGCCUAGGACCUUUCAGGGAAGGUCGGAUGAUAGAGCGUUCGCAAAGCGAUGACCAGAAUAAUAGGCGUCGCCUCAAGCCUCAUGCGCCGGAAGCACGAGAUAUGAACGUUAAAUUGUUUAUCGUGGAACUUCACGCCAUUUCCGACAAAGCGCACCAAGUGAACUUCAAGAAGAAUGACGAUUUAAUCGCCUAUCUGGCUGUCAUGUCAAAUGCAGUAAAUUUAAGGUACCUGGACAUGCAAAAUCCAAGAAUAAAGUUCAAGCUCGUCGGAGUAAGCCGAAACCUCAACGACAGUUUUGAGAAAGUUGGCAAAGGCACAGUGGAGUCGGAACCGACUUUGGAUGGAUUGGGAAAACAUUACAAGAAAAGGAAAGUGCCAGGAAAUCCUGACCUGGUAUAUCUUGCGACUGGCCUCGACAUGAUUGAAUUUGAAAAGGGGAAAAUGAUGUCAGCCAUAACAGGCCUUGCAUACAAAGGUGAAGUGUGCCGUAGGUACCCUGUCGGAAUGGGCGAAGACAUACCUACUACCUAUUCUGGAGUGAAAACAAUGGCUCACGAACUCGCACAUAUACUGGGAUCACCACAUGACGGUAGUCCGAAGUGCCCUUGGUCUGAAGGAUAUCUCAUGAGCUAUGUCGACGGAGGCACAAAAAAGUACCGGCUUUCAAAGUGCAGUGAAGAAGACAUACGAAACGUUGUGCAUAAUCUCCCGCCGAGCUGUUUCAGUGAGGAGAGCAAGACGAAUUACAUGGUUGGACACAAAAAAUAUCCUGGCCAGUCAGUACGGCCGCAGUAUUACUGCAGAAGGAUGCUCAAGGUGAAAGGAAGACGAUCGAAGGUGUCUGCAGAGAAGCCGGAGUUUCUUAGCAAGCAGUGUAAACUGAACUGUUGCGUGAAUGGAGAAUUGGGAAGAAUCUGCAAUAAGGUAAACAUGCUGGAAGGCAUGGAAUGUUCCAAAGGAAAGACCUGCAGAAGAGGAGUAUGUGGAGAUUAUAACUGGUAGAUGUUGAAGACACCACAACACACUGGUUUUCUUGGUCAUUUCUACAAACCUACGUUUUCAGCCCUUCGGCAAUAAAUCGUUCCAAAGCAA